CAACUCAAGCAUAGCUUGAAUCGUCUCGUUGGUGUAGUUGGUUAUCACGUGGGUCUCAUAUCCUUCACAGUAUGACUACUAGUCUCUAGUAGAUAUCCCAAGGCCGCCAGUUCGAGUCUGGCACGGGACAACAAUGAUUGUUUUUUUGUUGCCAGGUUGCACUACUUGCCAUCCAGUGAACCUUGUCUUGCUGUUUGCUGCAUGGCAAAUACGGGGAUAUGGUUACACUUUUUUUUCUGGAUAUGUAGGAAAAUAUGCGUUGGUGCAGUACAAGUUAUUUACUUCGAACAUCCAAAGCUUUAUUUUUUUAAUAGGAUAUUUUCACCAUGUCACCAUUGUGCAAAAGUGCAAGGUGAAAAGGUAUCCUCUGAGGGUUGCAACAUCGACCAUGUCGAACCCCGCAGACGUGGAACUACUCAAAGGGGAAACUUUGCACUGGGGGCUGUAGAUUGCAGCACUAUCAGAGGGGCAGAAGGGAAUUGAGGGGCAGCAGCGAAAAACG